AUUCUCUCCCUGAUGACACGGUUGCCAUAGGGAUCGCUCCCUGGGGCCUGUCAUCAACCCUCUCUCUGCCCCUGAAGGGUGGAGUUGUAAAUUCCCGCCCCCCCCCAGCCCUCCACAGACAGAUGGGAGAUGGCAAGGGCCAGGCAUCUGGGGUGGAGAGGCCUGGAUGGAGGAGGAGGAGGAGGAGGAGGCGAUCUCCCUGAGGGCAAGGAAGCUCUGGCAAUACUAGUCAUCCGCCAGGGCCAAGAAAUCAGAAGGAGGCUGAGACGAGGCAGUGAAGGAACUGGAAAAAGAUCAUCAGGCAUUCAGGCGGCGUCCCUGGAGACCAGGAACAAGGCCAGACACAGGAUCGAAUUCCCGAUCACCAUGGGUGUACAAGGGCCUGGAUAUCAUCACCAAUAAAGCAUCUCCUCAGGAGCAAGCCCUCUGCAAGCACCACAUGAUCAGCUUCGUUGACCCUCUGGUCACCAAUUACACCGUGCUGGACUUCAGGAACGAGGCCACCGCUCUCAUCAAAGAACUCUUGGCCUCCAGAAAGAUUCCGAUUGUGGUCGGAGGCACCAACUAUUACAUUGAGUCGCUCCUCUGGAAGGUUCUGAUUGGCACAGAGAAGGACCAGCAUCCAGACACCGUGGACCGGAGGGCCGAGCUGGAGAAACUGGACAGCCGAGAGCUUCAUCGCCGACUGAGCCAGGUGGACCCUGCGAUGGCGGCCAGGCUCCAUCCCCACGACAAGCGUAAGCUGGCCAGAAGUUUGCAGAUUUUUCAAGAAACCGGCGUCUCGCACAGCAAGCUCCUGCAACAGCAGCGGGAGGAGGAAGGCGGGGGGCCGUUGGGGGGGCCCUUGAAGUACCCCAACCCUUGCAUCUUAUGGCUUUAUGCAGAAAAAGCAGUUUUGGACGAGCGGCUGGAGCAACGCGUGGACGCCAUGCUGGCGGCUGGGCUGAUUGAGGAACUGCAGAGCUUUCACCGGCGUUACAACGAGGAGUGGGUGGCGUCAGACACCCAGGAUUAUCAGCACGGCAUUUUCCAAUCCAUCGGCUUCAAGGAAUUCCACCAGUUCCUGAUCACGGAAGGCAAGUGCACAGAGGAGGAGAGCAGCCAGUUUCUGGAACAAGGGAUCGAGGCUCUGAAGAUUGCGACCAGGCGGUACGCCCGGUAUCAGAACAAGUGGAUCCAGAACCGCUUUCUCAGGCGCCCCGGACCGAACAUCCCUCCCGUGUACGGUUUGGACGUCUCCGAUCUCUCUCAGUGGGAAGAAAAGGUGCUGGAACCAGCUUUCCAGAUUGUGCAGAGUUUCUGCCAGGGGCGGCCGCCGGCCACCAAGCCCAUCACUCCGGAGCCCGGGCCGGAGGGGGACAAGCACAGUCGCCGCACCUGCGAGGUAUGCGACAGGAUCAUCAUCGGAGACACUGAAUGGAAAGCUCACCUCGGAUCCAAGUCCCACCGUUUCUUCCUGAAGCGGCUGCAACGCCUGGCCGCCAGCGCCACCCAGCCCGGCCGCGGCUGCCCAGAGAGAGGAGAGUGGCAGAGAGACGAGGAGAAGGAGGAAGGGCCGGUGGAACCCGCUCAGCCUUGCCUGUGAUCCCCGGACUGCCCGUUGACACUUGGGCUAGAGACGGGCAGGAUCGGACCCUCCCUGGGGGAGGGGGAGGUCACGGAGACACCCAUACCUUCUUCAAGGUGGAGAUUCUGAGCAAAGGAACUAUUUCAUGUUGGAAGCAACGGGUGAAGCUGGUCUAAGCACGAACAUCAUGGUGCUGAUGGGGCUUUUAAAAAAUUAUA